AUGAAGCUCUCGCUGAUCUUCCUGACGCUGGCGAUCGUGGCCGUCCUGUGCCUGUGGGACCCGGCAGCCGCCGAACCCCAGAUGGACGAGGAAACGGACGGGGAGGACACCGGAAUGGCCGGCGGAAAGGGAGGUCGUGGCGACGAUCAAGGACAGGGCGGCUGGGGUGGUCCAAACGGGCAGGACGUUGAGGAGGACGGUGGACAGAAGGGUGGCCGAGGAGGAGGUCGUGGCGGAAAGGGAGGACGCGGAGCAGAUGAGGAGGCGGAAGGCGAUGAGGAGCAGGGUGGACGCGGCGGAAAGAGGGGUAAGGGCGGUAAGGGGGGAAAGGGUGGUAAGGGAGAAAAGGGCGGAAAGGGAGAACACGAUGGAAAGGGUGGAAAGGGAGGAAAGGGUGGCAAGGGAGGUAAGGAAGGUAAGGAGGGUAAGGAGGGUAAGAAGGGACGUGGAGGUCGUUAA